AUGUGGUGUGUGUCAAGUACAUCCCUAUCCGUCAUACAAUGGAGCGAUGGGAGUCAUGCUGACAGAUUGUCCUGCGUCGUCGGUAGUAAACACAUUCUGAACGCUCAAGUCGCUAUUAGAGCACCAUGCUGCAAAAAGUUCUUCGAUUGUCCCGAAUGUCACGCUGAGAGUCAAGACCAUCCUCUGAGAAGGACCUUGGAAAUGGCUUUUAUAUGUAAAAAAUGCAAAAAAGGGUUUCGUAAAGACAUGACGACAUACGAGGAUUCAGAUGAAUAUUGCCCUCAUUGUGAUAACCAUUAUGUGUUGGAAGCAAAGGAACCGCAAGCUAUGAUUGGUGUCGAAGGUGAAGAUGCUAGAAUUGACUCUCGAAUGAUCAAAGAUGACAGAGUGAAAGAAAAUCCAGAGAGAAGCUUGUUCACGCAGAAGGACGUUUCAGAUAAGGUCGAAAUACCUCUCUGGAAAAUGAAUGGGCGAUGA